CCGUUCUUCUUUCCUAUCUCGUGCUUAAAACCUACGAUAUUCCUCUCCAUCUCUCUAUCUCCCUCCCUUCUUUACACAAAUACUAACCUAUCAUCAGAUGAUAAUCAGGUAACACUAAUAAACAAACCUCUACAUAUCAAAUCGGAAAUGGAAGCUGAAGAGGAGAAUAAGGGCAGUAUAAGUAUGGUCGAGGCUAAGCUGCCUCCUGGGUUUAGAUUCCACCCGAGAGACGACGAGCUUGUCUGCGACUACUUAAUGAAAAGAAACGUUCGCAGCCGCUAUCAACCAGUUGUCUUGAUCGAAGUCGAUCUCAACAAGUGCGAGCCUUGGGACAUUCCUCAAUCGGCGAGAGUAGGAGGUAAAGAAUGGUAUUUUUACAGCCAAAAAGAUCGGAAAUACGCAACAGGGCAAAGAACAAACCGGGCUACGGCCAUCGGUUAUUGGAAAGCAACCGGUAAAGAUAGAGCAAUCCAAAGAAAUGGUAGCCUUGUGGGCAUGAGAAAGACACUUGUGUUUUACAUAGGUCGAGCCCCUAAGGGUCGUAAAACUGAUUGGGUCAUGCACGAGUUUCGUCUCCAAGGAACUUUUAUCCACCACUCUCCCAAGGAAGAAUGGGUCUUGUGUAGAGCUUUCAACAAGAACAACAAUGAAGUCGACAAGGACAACAACAUGAGAACCUGCUCUCAUGAAACAGCUCCUCCAUUAAUGGACUCUUACAUCAAUUUCAAUCCUCAUCACAUCAUCAACCAGCAAGUGCCCUGCUUCUCCAAUCUGUCACAGAAUCAAAUCGGUUUGGUCUACAAGAAUCCCAACCUGUUGUCUACUAAUCCUUCAUCUGAUCAGAUGGUUCUCAAAGCUUUGCUACGUCAGCUCACCAAGAAUACCAAAGAAUCACAGAGCUAUGGAGAAGGAAGCUCAGAGAGCCAGUUGACCGACGUUGGCAUACCAAGCCAUGAUGCUUGGAAAUAUUGAUCACUACCAAGAAAUCUAUAAUCAUACAUAUUAUUCACCAAAGCAAACAUUUACUCACCCAUCUCCUGUAAACAUUGUUAUACACCAUUAUGGAUUAUAUAAUGAC